AUGGCGCCUGCUGCCAGCCACACCAUCAUGGACGCAAUCCGCUCACACGUACUCACCGUCGAAACAGCGAAAACGCUCGUGUUCUGGACCCUCGUCUGCCGCCAGUGCGUCCGGAUUGUGCGACACCUCCGCGCAAGGGGUCUCCUCACGGCCGCGCGCGAGGCCUAUCUUGCGACGGUCCAGCGAGGGUUCGGGUUGAUGAUGCUUCUCCCGUCGGUGCGGAACAAGGUGGCGGGAGAGCUGGAUAAGGUGACGCUUGAAUUGGAGGAGAAGCUCGCCCCAAAACACCCCGACGCACCGUCCUUCCGCUCGCUCCCCGACAAAGGUCUCUCGGCGGAAGACGUCUCGACAGCCCUCACCAAGAUGAGCGAGUUGCCGAACACAAAGUGGGAGAACGGGCGUGUCAGUGGAGCAGUCUACCAUGGCGGUAAGGACAUGGGCGAGAUCUGGAAGGAGGCGUUUGGAAAGUUUGAAGUGGCGAAUCCGUUGCACGCGGACGUCUUCCCAGGCGUCCGACAGAUGGACGCCGAGAUUGUCUCGAUGUGUCUCUCGCUGUACAACUCGCCCCUGCCCGCCUCUACAAUCGACGAAUACGGCGGCGCGGGCACGACGACCUCGGGCGGGACAGAGAGUAUCCUCAUGGCUUGCAAGGCGUAUCGAGACCGUGCGAGGGCAGAGUACGGGAUCACCGAGCCCGAGAUGAUCGUCCCUAUCUCCGCCCACGCCGCGUUCGACAAAGCCGCUCACUACUUCAACAUCAAGAUCCACCACAUCCCCGUCGACCUCAAGACGCGGCGGGUGCAGAUCAAGAAGGUUCGGCGGGCUAUCAACCCGAACACGAUCUUGCUCGUCGGGUCGGCACCUAACUUCCCUGAUGGCGCUAUCGACGACAUCCAAGCCUUGUCGGACCUCGCAGUCAAGUACCGCCUCGGCCUGCACGUCGACUGCUGCCUCGGCUCGUUCCUCGUUCCCUUCCUCGAGCGGGCGGGGUACCAGUCCGUCCCUUUCGACUUCCGUGUUCCAGGCGUGACGAGCAUCUCCUGCGACGUCCACAAGUACGCAAUGGCACCCAAGGGAGCGAGCGUCAUCAUGUACCGCUCGAAAGCGCUGAGGAAGUACCAGUACGAAGUCAUCACGACUUGGCCGGGCGGAGUGUACGCGACGCCUUCGAUGGCUGGGUCUCGACCAGGCGCGAUCCUCGCCGGCGCAUGGGCAUCUCUCGUCCACAUGGGCCUAGAUGGCUACACCGCAUCCUGCCACUCCAUCGUCGGCGCCGCGAAGCGCAUCGUACACGGUAUCCGGAAGGACUUUCCCGAACUCUACGUGCUGGGAGACCCGCUCGUUAGUGUAGUUGCGUUUGGGAGUAAGACGGAGGGACAGGGGAAUGGGCUGGGAAGGGUGCCGAUUUACGAGGUUGGAGACAGGAUGUCGAAGAUGGGGUGGCACCUCAACGCCCUCCAGAACCCUCCGGCGCUGCACAUCGCCUGCACGCGCCUCACCGUUCCCGUCGUUGACGACUUGCUGCGCGACUUGCGUGCGGCGGUCGACGAGGUCAAGGCGAUGGAGGAGGCGGGCAAGGGAAGCAUGGUGAUGCUGUAUGGACUCGGAUCGAGCAGCGCGGUCGGUGCGGGAUUGGUAGGCGAGAUGGCGUCUCGCUACAUGGACGUUUUGUAUGCCUAG